CAUACACUAUAUUGUCCCAAGUAUUGUCCCCGCCCUCCCAAUCAUGUGAUUCAGGUGUUCCAAUCCCCUCCAUGGACACAGGUGUAUACAAUCAAGCCCCUAGACAUGCAGACUGCUUCUACAAACAUUGGUGAAAGAAUGGGUCGCUCUCAGGAGCUCAGUGACUCCAAGCGUGGUCCCGUGAUAGGUGGCCACCUGGGCAAUAAGUCCAUCCGUGACAUUUCCUGGCUACUAAAUAUUCCACGCUCAACUGUUAGUGGGAUUAUAACAAAGUGGAAGCAACUGGGAACAACAGCCACUCAGCCACCAAGUGGUAGGCCACGUCACAUGACAGGGCGGGGUCAGCGCAUGCUGAAGCGCACAGUGCGCAGAAGUCGCCAACUGUCUGCAGAGUCAAUAGCUAAAGACCUCCAAACUUGGUGUGGCCUUCAGAUGAGCCCAACAACAGUGCGUAGAGAGCUUCAUGGAAUGGGUUUCCAUGGCCGAGCAGCUGCAUCCAAGCCUUCCAUCACCAAGUGCAAUGCAAAGCGUCGGAUGCCGUGGUGUAAAGCACGCCGCCACUGGACUCUA